CAAUCUUUUUCAUUGGUUUCUUAACACUACACGUGUGAGUGUUUUGUGCAAUUUACGAAUUUCUUCGUAAAUAAAUCUUUUUAAGCCAACUAAAAUGAGUUCAGACGAGUCCAGCGAUGGCUUGGAGGAGCUUAAAGAGCUAAUGGCCCUAUAUGGCCAGGAAAAAGAGAAAAAGGAAAGCGGAAAGAAACCCUUUGUGCCGAAAGCCUCGCAGGCAAAGGAACUGAACUAUGUGGAGGUGCCGAUGGAAAAGGUGAUCCUCGGAGACAAGCAGAGGUUUCUCGCAAACCUGGCCAAAUCCGUAGGUGCUAAGUGGAAUCACAGUGACGACGAUGGGGAAAAAGAACAGUCCGUUGGUUAUGAUAAAGCUGGCAACAAAAGGAAGCCCGCCUGGUCGGAUUCUGACGAUGAAGACCUCAAAGUGGGUGACGUCAAGAAGCAAACCAAGCACACUGGUCCUCUCAACCACUUGCGCAAGGAUAGAUCCUACAAGGAGUAUCUGACAGCGCGAUUCCAGCGAACUCUGAAUCAGCCGAAAUGGGCCGAAAAGAAAGAGAAGAACUCCGAAGAUGAAUACGCCUCCUCCGAUGAAGAACUCCUCCAAACCGUGGGCUUCAUCGAUCACAAGGCUAAGCGGCUGGACCUGUUGCCCAAAACGCUUGCCUUCAAACGUGUGAAGGACUUGAACCGCUCAACCUACUCCGAAGGCGUGCCCAGCAGCGUCCAGUUCCAUCCAACCAGCACGGCUGCCCUGGUUUCGGGCGCGAACUGCGUUGCUACUAUCUACACUGUGGACGGGCAGAAAAACGAGAAGCUACACAGCAUGCGCUUCAAGAAGUUCCCACUGAUCUGCUCCCGGAUUGCGCCCUGUGGCACCAAGGCGUUCUUUGGCUCCGUCCGCAAGUUCUACUACGCCUAUGACCUUCUGGAAGCUAAGGAAUCCCAGCUUACACUCCCAGGCGACAUGGAAUCCAUGCACAACUUUGAGGUGUCUCCGUGUGGAAAGUUCAUUGUCGCUGCUGGAAAGUUUGGAGCCAUUCACUUGCUGACCUCCAACACGAACGAAUUGCUGCACAGCUUCAAGCAGGAGGGCGGAGUGCGUGGACUAUGCUGGACUGGAGACUCCAAGAGAGUGCUGGUCGUCGGCGCAAGUACGAAUGUGAAUGUGCUGAGCUUGCGGCAGAAUGUGAUCGAACACAGUUUCCUCGACGACGGCUGCAUCCACGGACAAGUCAUCCGACUGUCGCCCAACCAACGUCUUCUGGCAACCGGCAGCGACGAGGGCGUCGUAAACGUGUAUGAUUAUGAAAGUGUUUACUCCUCCAGCGCACCCCAGCCGGAGAAGAGCUUCUUGAACCUAAGGACAGGCAUCAAGGAUCUGCAGUUCAAUCACACCUCGGAGCUGCUGGCCAUGGCCUCAAGCAAGGCGCCGAAUUGUGUAAAGUUAGCCCAUUUCCCCAGUGCCACCGUGUACUCCAACUUCCCCAGCCAGAACGAGAGUGUGGGACAUGUCACCUCGAUGUCCUUUUCGCCGCACAGCAGCUUCCUGGCCUUUGCUACAAAGCAUAAGUUUGUGCCGCUCUUUAGGCUUAAAUACUUCAAGAACUAUUAGAUUGUACAUUUUAUAAACACUGGAGGGACAUAAAUAAAGUAAUGUAAUUGAAUACGUUUUUUAAU